GUAGCUGAGAGCGGGCGGCGCGGGGCCACCAUGAUCAUCGAGAGCGUCGACGCGCUCAAGUCCUGGCUGGCCAAGCUGCUGGAGCCCAUAUGUGAUGCAGACCCCUCUGCCUUGGCCAACUAUGUGGUGGCGUUGGUGAAGAAGGACAAGCCCGAGAAGGAGCUGAAAGCUUUCUGUGCUGACCAGCUGGAUGUGUUCCUGCAGAAAGAAACUUCUGGGUUUGUAGAUAAACUUUUUGAAAGUUUGUACACCAAGAGUUACCUUCCUUCUGCUGAGCCCACAAAGGCAGAGGCAAAGCCUGCAGGGCAAGAGAAAGAAGAAGUCAAGGAAGAGUUGUGUGUUAAACAGAAUUUUCAAGAGUCUGUUGAAGAAGAGCGGGAGAGCAGGAAGAAGAAAUAUUCCAGUCCCCAGAGGAGCCGUGCAGACUCCAGUGAGCAAAGGAGCCGGGAGAAGAAGCGGGAUGACGGCAAGUGGAGGGACUACGACAGGUACUACGACAGGAGUGACCCGUACCGGGAGAAGUCAGGCUGGCGCCGGGGCAGGAGCAAGAGCCGCAGCAAGAGCCGAGGGCUGAGCCGGAGCCGCAGCCGCAGCCGGGGCCGCAGCAAGGACCGCGAUGGCAGCAGGGCUGAGCACCGAGAGAGAGAGAGAUCAAAAUACAAGAGUGAAAAAAAUGACAUGGAAGGCUCAUAUAAUCCAGUGUCUGCAUCCUCCAGUAAAUCCUCUGAGCAGUAUUCCUCUGCACAAGCUAUUCCCACUGCUGUAACUGUAGUAGCACCUGCGCACCACCUUGAAAGCACCACGGAGAGCUGGUCAAAUUACUUCAACAAUCACAGCAAUCCCAGUUCAUUUGGCAGAAACCCUCCUCCUAAAAGAAGAUGUCAGGAUUAUGAUGAGCGAGGCUAUUGCGUCCUUGGCGACCUGUGCCAGUUCGACCACGGCAACGACCCUUUGGUGGUGGACGAGGUUUCCUUGCCCAGCAUGAUCCCGUUCCCGCCGCCGCCGCCGGGGCUGCCGCCGCCGCCGCCGGGGCUGCUGCUGCCGCCGCUGCCGGGGCCGGUGCGGGGCCUGCGGCUCCCGGUGCCGCAGCCGCCGCCGCCCGUGGUGCUGCCGGUGCCGCGACCUCCUUUGACUCAGUCCAGCUUGAUAAACAGCCGUGAGCAGCCGGGGACAAGCGCAGUGCCCAGUCUUGCACCCGUGGGAGCAAGGCUGCCUCCUCCUCUUCCUCAGAACCUGCUCUAUACAGUGUCAGAACAUACAUAUGAGCCAGAUGGCUAUAACCCUGAAGCUCCUAGUAUUACCAGUGCUGGUAGAUCUCAGUAUCGGCAGUUCUUUACGAGAGCACAAAUGCAGCGUCCAAAUCUAAUUGGCCUAACAUCUGGGGAGAUGGAUACAAACCCUCGAGCUGCCAACAUUAUCAUCCAAACUGAACCUCCCAUUCCCAUUACAAAUAACAGCAGCAAUGUCACUAGAGUCGUCCUGGAACCAGACAGCAGGAAAAGAUCUCCAAGCAGCAUGGAAUGUCCACCACUGAAGAAACCCUGGCUGGGAAAGCAAGUAAAUAACAACCAGAAUAAGCCAGGGUUUUUGAAAAAGAAUCAGUAUACUAAUACAAAAUUAGAAGUUCGAAAAAUUCCACCAGAAUUGAACAAUAUUACACAGCUCAAUGAACACUUCAGCAAAUUUGGAACUAUUGUAAACAUUCAGGUGGCUUUCCAGAACGACCCCGAGGCUGCUCUCAUUCAGUACCUGAGCAAUGACGAGGCCAGGAAGGCCAUUUCCAGCACGGAGGCCGUGCUGAGCAAUCGCUUUAUCCGGGUGCUGUGGCACAGGGACAGCGAGCAGCAGCCGCCCUUGCUGCAGCAGCAGCCCCAGGCAGGCAGCCCACAGGCCCUGCAGCACCUGCAGCAGCAGGCCCUGGCCACCCCACCCGCCGUGACUGUGCACAGCAGCCUGGCCAAGGUGAUGAACAAACCCCUGGCAUCUGGUGCCUACGUCCUCAACAAAGUCCCGGUGAAGAGGCGCCUUGGAGCAGCCCCUGGGAGCCAGCCCGAGCUCAGCCAGCCCGGGGCUGGCCUGGACGACUCCCAGAUAUUUCCUACUUCUACAAGCCACUCAAAAAUGGUUUACAGUUCUUCAAACUUGAAGACAACUCUGAAGUCUGGUGCAGGGUCUAAACCUCAUGAUGUGCAAGAAGCCCUUAAAAAAAAGCAGGAGGCAAUGAAACUCCAGCAAGAUAUGAGGAAAAAGAAGCAGGAGAUGUUAGAAAAACAAAUAGAAUGCCAGAAAAUGUUGAUAUCCAAGCUGGAGAAAAACAAGGCCAUGAAACCAGAAGAGAGAGCAGAAAUUAUGAAGACUUUAAAAGAACUAACAGGAAAAAUAUCUCAGUUAAAGGAUGAAUUAAAAACUUCAUCUACAACCUCCACACCAUCCAAACUGAAGUCCAAGACAGAGGCACAGAAGGAGCUGUUGGAUGCAGAGCUGGACUUCCAUAAGAGAUUGUCCUCUGGAGAGGACACGACCGAGCUGCGCAAGAAGCUCAACCAGUUACAGGUGGAGGCUGCUCGCUUGGGCAUCCUGCCUGCUGGCCGAGGCAAGGCCGUGGCCGGGCCGGGCCGGGGCCGGGGCCGGGGCCGCGGGGGCCGGGGCCGGGCCGUGCAGAACCACAUGGUGGUGGAUCACCGGCCCAAGGCGCUCACCGUGGGAGGCUUCGUGGAGGAGGAGAAGGAUGAAUUGUUACAGCACUUCUCUAAAUUUGGAGAUAUUGAAGAUCUCCAAGAAGAGGAUUCCCCAUUAAGUGUCGUUGUGACUUUUAAGUCCCGCUCAGAAGCUGAGAAUGCUGCUAACCAGGGCUCCCGCUUCAAGGACCGGCGGCUCCAGAUCUCAUGGCACAAACCCAAGGUACCUUCCGUGUCCACAGAGGUCGAGGAAGAGGAGUCCAAGGAAGAGGAGACUGAAACCUCAGAUUUAUUUUUGCAUGAAGAUGAUGACGAUGAUGAUGAAGAUGAGGAUGAAUCCCGUUCUUGGAGAAGAUGAAACUUGAUGUUCGAAAUGUAUAAUUUUAGGAAUAUAGUUCAAACUACAUCUUUUAAACAUUUAUUUAAGGAAGUUGAUGAGCCAAAAAGAGCUUUACUUUCUUUUCAAACCACAAGAUUUACCAUGAGCAGUUUGGUAUGAGAACAUUUGGGACACAGAGCUGUGAGACUGAGCUAGCCAAAGGCCCAGGAACUUCUUACAGGAUUAUCAAGCUCACCAGGGCAGUGAUUUUUUUUUUCUAUUUAAGAAGGAUAAAAAAGGAGGCGGGGGGGG